AUGUUCGACCCUACCGUGCCCCCAACAAAUCUCACCCUGGAGGCCCUCCCCACUGCCAUCAGCACCCUCGAGCUCAAUACCGCUCACCUCGAGAACGCCCUCUUCACACAGCACGAGGCCCUCACCGCCAUAGACGAGACCGCUGCCACCACCGCCGCACUGAAAGAGCGUGCGAUUGUAGUCCUUCGCACCCUUGAGAGCGCCGAGGCCAGGACCCAGGAGCUGUGUAUGAGGCUGGUCGAGAUUGGGCUCAAGCUGGAUGAGCUCCCGGAUGACGCUGAGGAGGUGAUGAGAAGGAGGUUUGUGGUAGUGGAUCGCAGCUUGGUGGCGGCGGAUGAGAUGACUGGGGGGUUGAUGGACUGGGCGGAUAGGGUCUAUCUUGAUGCGUAUGAGCGCGAGAGGGGGCAGGGGGGUGGGGAGUGGAUGGUGCCGGUUGAGGAGGAGGAAGAAGAAGAAGAAGAUGAAGAUGAAGAAGAAACUGAAGAGGAGGAGGAAGAGGAGGUCGUGACUAGUGAUGAGGAGUUUUGA